AAGUGCCACUCUGCCGUGGAGCAAGCCAAGUCCGGACUGAAACCUCUACACAAUUUGGGAUUAACGGUUUCCCGCCGUGUAACGCAAGUAACUGCCUCUGACGUCAGAAGAAGCCGACACGCCCGGUUCCCAUAGUGAAGUCCGAGCGGCCAUUUUUACUGUGGUGAACUCAAAAGGGAGCCUUUUGUGAUGGUGGUGGCGCGGCAGGGAAAGUCUGCGGAAUAGUAGAUGAGAAAAAAAACAUACUUUCCUAUAAGAAUCACGAAUGAUUAGGGGAGGAAAACGUUAGCUGCCUUAGAGAGACCUUUAGACGCUUGUUCCGCGGAGAAGCGGAACCAUUGUAAUGCGUGCCUAAGGUUCCUGCCCGGAUUUUGAGAGGCUCUUCCGUCGCUCAGCGGAAGCGUGGGUCGCAGAGGACAACUCUUGGAAGAAGCCGCUAUCGGCUGUGUGGAAAACUAGAAUCAUGUCGAGUUUGUCAGUGAGAGACCCGGCAAUGGAUCGAUCACUACGUUCCGUGUUCGUGGGAAACAUUCCUUAUGAGGCAACUGAGGAGCAGUUGAAGGACAUUUUCUCGGAGGUUGGUUCCGUGGUCAGCUUCCGGCUCGUGUAUGACAGAGAGACUGGGAAGCCCAAGGGUUAUGGCUUCUGCGAGUACCAAGACCAGGAGACCGCGCUUAGUGCCAUGCGGAACCUUAACGGGCGUGAGUUUAGUGGGAGAGCGCUUCGGGUGGACAAUGCUGCCAGCGAAAAGAACAAGGAGGAGUUAAAGAGCCUAGGGCCUGCAGCACCCAUCAUUGACUCUCCUUAUGGGGACCCCAUCGAUCCAGAAGAUGCCCCUGAAUCGAUUACCAGAGCAGUAGCGAGCCUUCCUCCAGAGCAGAUGUUUGAGCUGAUGAAGCAGAUGAAGCUCUGUGUGCAAAACAGUCACCAGGAAGCUCGAAACAUGUUACUUCAAAACCCACAACUGGCUUAUGCGCUGUUGCAGGCACAAGUGGUCAUGAGAAUCAUGGAUCCUGAGAUUGCCCUGAAAAUUCUGCAUCGCAAGAUACAUGUCACUCCAUUGAUUCCAGGCAAAUCUCAGAGUGCCUCUGGCCCAGGCCCUGUUGCUGUCUCUGGCCCUGGCCCUGUUUCUGUCUCUGGCCCAGGCUCUGUUUCUGUGUCUGGCCCGGUUUCUGCUCCUGGCCCAGGACUAUGCCCAGGACCCAAUGUAUUGUUGAACCAACAGAAUCCUCCAGCCCCUCAGCCUCAGCAUUUGGCAAGAAGGCCUGUGAAAGACAUUCCUCCUCUGAUGCAGACUCCUAUCCAAGGUGGACUUCCAGCUCCAGGGCCGAUAGCAGCCGCAGUUUCUGGACCUGGACCUGGACCUGGUUCUUUAACUCCUGGAGGGGCAAUGCAGCCACAGGUUGGGAUGCCAGGGGUUGGCCCCGGCCCUUUAGAGCGGGGACAAGUGCAGAUGGCAGAUCCUAGGGCUCCUAUGCCUCGUGGCCCCAUGCCUACUGCUGGCCUACCUCGAGGACUGUUAGGAGAUGCUCCCAAUGACCCACGUGGAGGGACUUUGCUUUCAGUUACUGGAGAAGUAGAACCCCGAGGUUAUCUGGGUCCACCCCAUCAGGGUCCUCCCAUGCACCAUACCUCUGGCCAUGACAACCGAGGCCCGUCUGCGCAUGAUAUGAGAGGAGGGCCAAUAGCAGAUGCCAGACUGCUAAUUGGAGAGCCCAGGGGACCCAUGAUAGAUCAAAGGGGUCUACCUAUGGAUGGCAGAGGAGGUAGGGAGGCUCGAGGGAUGGACACUCGAGCGAUGGAAACAGAGGUUUUAGAGACCCGAGUAAUGGAGCGAAGAGCAAUGGAAACCUGCACUAUGGAGACCAGAGGGAUGGAAGCAAGAAGCAUGGAUGCAAGAGGAUUAGAAAUGCGGGGCCCUGGACCUAGUUCUAGAGGCCCUAUGACUGGUGGGAUCCAGGGACCGGGUCCUAUUAAUAUAGGGGCAGGUGGCCCUCAGGGACCUAGACAGGUCCCAAGCAUAUCAGGAGUGGGGAAUCCUGGAGGCAGCAUGCAGGGGGCGGGCAUGCAGGGUGCAGCCAAGCAAGGUGGCAGCCAGCCUAGCAGUUUUAGUCCUGGGCAGAGCCAGGUAACUCCACAGGAUCAAGAAAAAGCAGCUUUGAUCAUGCAGGUUCUCCAGCUGACUGCAGACCAGAUUGCCAUGCUGCCUCCAGAGCAAAGGCAGAGCAUUCUGAUUUUAAAAGAACAAAUCCAGAAGUCCACUGGAGCUUCUUGAAAGGUCUUGGGAAGUAUUUGGCUAUAGUGUCAAGAACUUAAUUUUGUAGUGUAGAGUAUGAGUACAGAAAGUUGACUUCUACAGCCCCACGUUUUACUGAUUAGGUUCCCUACUAGAACCGAUCUCAUCUUGUUUUUUUCAUUUUUUUCUGUCUUUAUUUUUAAUUGAGGGUAAGGGGGAGAGAGAGAGUUGGUUUGUUCAUUUUAAGUCACCUGUAAAUGUGCAAAAGAAAUGCUGGAUAUGAUUACAUUAUGCCAAAUAAGGCAGAAUAUGUAGCAGUAUUGAAAUGUCUGCUGUAUGUUAAUUACAACUUUAAAAAAUUGAGUAAAACUGAAAACUGCGCUUAUAGGUUAAAAGGUGACUUGUUAAAAUAAUAAUGUACUAAGUUUUACGAAUAUUUGGUUAUAUAACCAAAAUUUACCUAAAAAUUACAUGUUUUUGGUAAACCAUUCAAAAUACAAAAUCCUACUUUAAAGGCAAUAGACUGCAGUGUUAUAUUAGACAUUGUUUUAGACAUUUAUUUAGACAUUAGAUAUUCUUUUGGAAUAAUUUUGAAAUGUUAAACCUGCAGGAUGACUAAAUUGAUGGUACUAGAAUUGUUUUUUUAAGCUAUGUUACUUUAAAAAAUCAGGGAAAUUACCUGGUUUGAUGUUACUUCAUGUAUCUUGCUUUUUAUGGACCAGCAAUAAUUCUGGCCUGAGAGGAUAGUCCAAGUUUAGUUACGUUUCCUCUGAAAAGAUCUACUAAUCUCUCCACAUCUUUGUAUUUCUCAGAACUCUUUAAGCCCUAAAUUUGACUCACAGAAUUCUCUCACAACCUUCGCAGAAGUCAGUGUCAAGGUACCUUUGAUCUGAAUGAGUUACACAUGGUCUUGGGCUUUUCAUAAGCAGUAAGAAAUAUUCAGUUAAGUUCAAAAUUCCUGGUUACUAGCAUCCAUAUAUAAGUUGUCCAUUUGGUCAGCUAGUAUCAGAAGUUUAAAAAAAUCUUAGUCUCAGUAUUUACUAUGCCUUUUUAAUUUUCAUAAUCUGCUUUACUACCAUUUUAGCAGAAUACUUGAGGCCUAGGUAGGUAGAGAAAACUGUAUAAAUUCAAUACUAUGUUCACUAACCUUAUUAGUCAUUUCACUUUUUACAGGUAGUCAUGUAGCAGUACACACUCAGGAGAUGUAGUUACAGUUUUUAGAGAAUAUGACAUUAGGGACUGUGACAUCAUUAAUGCAUAUUUUUUUUAGAGCUACUAAUUUAUUUUAAAGCUUUGAUAUGGACACAACAUUUGUAUUAUAGGCUAAGUAGCAAUUAACAGAGGUGUAAGAUACUGUAUGCCCAAGGUAAUUUUCCUCUGGAGAAGAAAACCAGUACCAAGUGACAGGAAAAAGUGAUGUAAGAGCUGAAUCUUAGAAAAGUUAUUUGCCCUUUGUAGGUUUUUACAUUUUAAAAGGGUAAUUCAGCUUUUUCAGUAUUUCCAUCCCUGUACUGUGUCCUACUAGUUUUUACUUUUUUUUUUUGUUUUGUGGUUGUUUAUACUGUUAAAUUUUCCAUGUGGUCUGUUUUAUCUAUACUGCGAAGGAUAAUUCUCCUGUAUGUGUGUGAUAGAUCUGACAAAUAUGUACUAAUUCACAGAGUUGGUUAGCUUACUUUGAAAUAGUUCUUUAUUUCUCCCAAAGCUUUCCCUGAAGGACUCUGUGAAAAGUAUUAAGUGUUAAAGUCUUUGUUCUGAAGACUGAAUAAAAAGGUUUUACACUU